UUUUCCAUUAGUAUUACGGCAUGUCCUAUGUUUAGAGUUCAACCCAAUUCUUCACCAUGGUGCAGGGAGCUGCCCAACAGUUGCCUUGUUAUUCACGUUAUUAAUCUGGUCGCACUGUAAAAUGGUUGGAACAAACCAGCUUCCUGAUCAUAUCCAAAGUGCCUUGCCAUGGAUGUCCUGGGCAGCGUCGCAGCUGCUGAGUUCCCAUGCUGCUGCUGGAGAUGAAUACAACACCAAAGAUUGCUUCAGCGACGCGAGUUCCGUUCCGUUUGAUGCAUCACAACUUCUUAUGCUCGAUCAAUGUCUCCGGAUUCCGGACAGCUAUGUAGUGGAGCAAGCCAGCAUGGGGAAUGGCGCGACUGCAGCGGUAACCAUUCUCUCACACGACGACUUCCGCGUUCCCUUUCAGAGCAUUAUAGCAUGCGCAUUUCGCUGGCCCAUGCAAGGCCCGUCUCUCGAUACGGGCAACGCUGUGGUUGCUGCGCUUCGCCAGCAAGUGGUCUUCGAUUGCAGCUUGGGGGUGAACAACAUCGUCCUGUCUGCCCUGCUCGCUGGCCGACCGCCCGAAGAAGUCGUCCACUUUAUCCACACGCUGCUUAAGAUGCACACGCUGCACUGCUGCAGUCGUCUGCUAAGCACGACAACUGGACCGUUCGUCCCAGCGCAUGACCUAGGCAAUGCCGACCGAGAGGGCAUCACCGAAGAGCGCGUCCUGCGCCUCAGCAGGUCGUUACAGCUUACAAUUCAGUUCCUCUAUUCUUUAGUCGUCUUGGCUACGGAGCGCCCUGGCCCGCAGCAUCAACAGCGAUACGGCGGAGGAUUGCCGUACAUGUACGAUUUCGAGUAUGAAUACGCACGUGCACUAGCGGAAGCGCUUAACAGUAGCUGCUUGCUAGAACACGCUGCACGCGCUGUCGUACUCCUCGCUGAGCUGGCCGGGCUAACCCAGGACGACAGUGGUACGGCAGUUGCCAUGUCCCUACCCAUGGAAGCCCAAGGUCAACUGUCGUACGCGUUUUCCUUCCUCACGGCAACCCUGUCGGGCCUAACGCAGCUAGCCGAACGCUGUCAUGAGACCGUUGGUACGGCUGCAUCAGCCAGCAUGAGCUGCGGCUCCCCUGCUGUGGAGGAGCUGGGCCCUCCAGCAGCAGUGGCGGAGGCAGCAGCUGCGGCCCGCUCCCACCUCCUGGCGGCGCUCUCGGGUCCCUGUGUCCGGCACAUGCUGCUGUCGGCGACGCUGGCGGCGUUGUGCGCCGCCGACGGAGGUCCGUCGUACGGUUUGCCGGCGCCGUUGCUGCUCGGCAUGCUGCCCAGCACCAGCCCUAUCGACGACGCUGUCGCUGCUGCUGCCGGUGCUGCUGCUGCGUCAGCAUCAAUGGCAGCGUCAGGGUACCCAGAUGCCGUACAUGUACGAGCAGCACGGCACAUGUACGGCAAACAUCAGUUGGACGACCGGAUUCUCCGCUGUCUACCUGCCGUACUGAUGCUGCCGUCGUCGUCAUCAUCACUGGCAGCAGCAGCAGGAACCGUCGGGACCAACUGUCAACCACCGCCUCCACGACCCACGGGUCCUCAGCCCCGGCAGUUGUGCCGGCUCAUGCUACGAGUAGGUCGACUGGCGGUGGCGUCCGGACGAGCCUGGUCGGGUCCGACAGAUGACGCUGCCGUUUAUGCGGAUGCGGAGAUUAUGGAUUCCUCAUUAGAUCCUCCUCAUGGUCACUUGGUGUUAUCUCCGCAAUCCAGCUGCUCGGUGGCCCUGGCGGCGUUACGUUGCUCACGACGGUCGCUGGCGCCCUCCUGCCCGGAUGCGAACUGGUGGCGGGUAACCACGUCAGCAGUACGACACCUGGUCCCAUGGGUCACCGAGGAGCAGCAGCUGAGUGAGCUAGCGGCGCUUCUAAGGGUGCCUCUGGACUCCUCCUCCUCCUCAGCCGACCCAUGGGUCACGCUGGGAGAAUCCUCCUCCUCUUCCGCCUCAUCCUCAUCCUCGUCAUCAUGCUUCCUCUCUUCUACGACAGCCACCCUGCCUGCCACGCCUCCGCCGGCGGUGGCAGCGGCGCUAUCCGGCGGCCUGAUCCCCUGCAUCGAGUUGUUGUUUCGGAGGGCCGGUGAGACGCCCAGCUCGCCUGAAGCUCGGCUGCUGCUGCGGCUGCUGCGUCCAGACCGCUGGCGGGACGGCCAGGCAGUCAACGGCGGCGGCGCCAGCGGCGGAGGCUGCGGGUCGUACCUGGGAUGUUUGCUGUCGUACGGUGAGGUACGGCAGGCGGCGGCGCUGGUGGCGACGAUGGGCAAGGUGUUGCGGCGGCUGGAGGGGGCGGUGGUGGAGGAGCUGACGGCAGCGGCGGCGGUUGGCGGAGGUGGCGAUGACGAUGACGUCAGCAGCGGCGGUGACGCAGCGGCGGCGGCGGCGGCUGAGCUGGCGGAGGCGGUUAUUGAAGCCAUGUACGACACCUUCCUGGUGUGCGCUGGCAAGUGGUUGAUGACGGCUUGUACGACAGAAGCGGCAGCAGCGGCGGUUGCAAUGCCGGAGACGUCGACGGUUUGGUCUCAUGAGUCUGUCCAUGCGACGGCGGCGGCUGCAGCGAAUGCGUUACCCACUGGGGAGGAGCAGAGCGGCCAACAGCAGCAGCAGCAGUCACAGAGCUCCAAUAGUGCUGUCAUGCGCAUGGGGCCGUUCAUUGGGAACACCGCUGUACGGCAGCUGGCUCUCCUCGUGUCGUACGCGGCUUGUCAGUGGCUGCCGCAGCUCUCCCUGCUGACUCAGCUGGCGGCGGCGGAGGUCCUGGCGGCGGAGGCGGGUGGUGAUGAUGACGUCACCGCGGAGCCCUACGGCGGCACUCGCAGUGCUGGCUUCGGCGCCGCUGCUUCGGGUAGCCCUCCCCGCCGCCACACCCUGACGCAUGGCUCUUCUUCCUCUUCUUCCCCCCGCCUACCUCUCCCGGAGCUGAUCAACCGCCUUGUGUUGCCACUGGUCAGCUGGCUGCCGGUGCUGGGGUACCGAGCCUGCGGAGGCGGAAGUGACGGAGGCGGCGGCGGAGGUGGCUGUAGCAGCCGAAACGGUACCGAUGGAGGCUGCUGGCUGCAGCUGCUGCGUGACGUGGGCGCCGUACCGCUGCUGGGUGCCGUACUCCGGUUGGCGGCGCCGCUAGCGGAGGUCUGGAGCGGCGAGGCCUGGCGGGGCCUCCCGCUGUGGAGCCUGGCGGAGAGCUGCUACUGGGUGGCGGCGGCGUACGGCGGUGCGGCGGAGGUUCGACAACAGUGCGACAGCUGGCGGCCGGAGCUGCUACGGGCGCUGUUGCCGUACCUCAGACAGCCCUGCUGGGGUAAGACGGCGGAAGCGACGGAGGCGCUGGCGGCUCAAUUGGAAGCCUGGGCUGUCGCCGGCGCCGUGGGUACGAGAUGUGUCGUACCUUGUCAUGUCAUCUCCGGUAUUAUCGGCCCUUCCGGAGGCGCGGAGCCUUAUAAGGACCUGCGGAAAUCCUGGUUGUACGGAUUUGCGUGGGGAGAGUGAGGUGGGGGAGCGGCGGCGGCUGCGGCCGUGUAGUGGGGGGUGCGGUACGGCUUGGUAUUGUUGUACGGCGUGCCGUAUCGCGCAUAUGAGGUUGGGUCAUGCGGGGGAAUGUGGGCGUGGAUUAGGGGCUCAUGCGGAGUUGAAGAGGUAGGUUGAGGGAGGUGGUGGCGUGAUCGGGAUGGGAGCAGAUUGAGAGCAGCAGCAGCGCGGGUUCUUAGCGGUGAUGACGUAUCGUAUCAGAUAGCUGGACUGCAUGCGGGGAAGGAUGUGGAACGUGGGGAUUGUACUCUACUGUGUAAGAGAGACAUGGCAGUAUGUAGGAGACAUGGCAGCAGCUUCUGCAUGCGUAUGUGGCAGACAUGCAUGGGGGUGGUGAACAAGUGGGUCUGACUCGUCGGAGCAAGGCGAUGGAUGUGGUUAUCGUGUGUAAACCAAAGGGCUGUUGGGUCGCUUGCGAAACGGUCUUGCGGCACCAUGUAUACUAUUCACUAUUUAGCAUGCAGGCGUUGCAUGUGCUGUUGUACUCAUUGUACGAUAUAAACUAUGGCCUAUAUUGGAAACAUACGGCAAAUGGCUUAAGAAAACACGGAUGCUGUUGCUGCCGGUGUUUACUAGCCGUGUCAGGGCUGUGGCACUCUUUCGCCCACCGGUGCACUGCUUGAUUGAAGGCGCAAGGAAUGCAGAGAAAUGCGUUUGCCUGUUCUGUCUGCCUU